AUGGCCCUUCGCUCCUGGACCCCCGACAAGGGGUUUGUCAGCGAGAAGGUCACGCGGAGUGCCUCAGUCUCCACCAGCCUCUCCCUGGAGCUAUGCACCUUCCCCAGCACUCUGGGCUCCUCCGUAGCGGCUGCCGCAUUAGAGCAGCUCCUAGUUGUGGAAAAAUCUCUGCAAGGUGAUUAUUUCACUUGCAAUGAAGAAAUUAAAACCUUCCUUAAGGACAUUACUGUCGCUGUUAAAAAAUUGGAAGAAAUGAGGAAAAAGACAAUUGAGCUUCUGGAAAUUGAGAGCAUGGAACUGAGCAGGCUCUACUUUCUGCUGGAGACUGUGCCCAACAGCAUCAACCGGGAGGUGGAAGAAUGUAUCAGAGAUGCUCGCAGAAUAAAUAUUUUUGAGCUAAAUCAAUUGAGAACCAAGAUCGAAAGGAUGGAUAAUGAAAUGGAGUUUCUGAAGAAGAGGAUAAGUGAUCUGAAGGAUGUGAAUGAAGCUCUGGGUGUAGAGCAAGCAGAGCUGGCAAAGCAGCAUGCAAAGUUUGUCCUGUCGCUGAACCAAACCCUGGAAGAGAAAGCCACAGCUACUAUUUAUAUAAAUGACACCUAUACCAAAAUAAACUUUGAGAGAAAAGAAAUAGCAGUCCAAAAACAAUGUCUGCAACAGACACAUGAGUUAAUGGAACAACAUAAAAUAGAGUAUUUGGAAAAGAAAGACCAGUUGGCUACCCAGAUGAAAGAGAUUAAACAAGUCUGUGAAACAAGGAGGAAAGAGGCAUACAGUAAGAAGAAAGAAUUGACCAGAUUACAAAAUAAAAUAAUAAAAAUGAAGCAAACAGUUACUACCAGCACAGUGAUGCUUAGUGAUCACAGUUUGGAGAUGUCGCGGCUGCAGGAAUCAUUAAGCAUUUGGGAGAGAAAGGUAGAAGACAUGAGGAGAGUUUGUGUAAGCCUGGAGGAAAAACUGUUGUUUUUUCAGAAUCACAAGGAACACAUGGAUAAUGUAUCUACUUUCAAGAAGAAUGGGAUGUUGAAUAAGAUACAACAGAUGGGGGAAAAACUACAGCAAGCCCAAUCAGAGAACAAAGAUAUCCAAGAGAGACUACACUCACUCAUGAGACAAUAUAAGUUGGUAUCGAAGGAGGAAGAUAAAGUGUUCCUGCAAAAACAGAAGAUCUAUGAUGAAAAUCAGAAACAGAUUGCACUCAUUAACCAGAAAGAAAACUUCCUAGCACAGAGAAAGCUGGACAUCAAAAACAUGGAAGAAGGAUACGGAGCCCUUCAGGAUCUCCAUCAAGCAACAAAGGAAGUGUAUCGAAAACAAAUAAAACUCAUGAGUGAGAAUCUGGAAAGAGAACUUCAAAGAAAUGUCGUUACUCAGUGGAGAAUAAGCUGUGUGAGAAAAAGGCAUGCACGUUGGCUAUUUAAAAUAAAGGCAAACAUGAAGAAGAUUAUAAGUCAAAUUGAGCUUGCAGAAGAGAGGCGAACUGCAUUACUUGAAGAGACAAAACGUAGAGAACAGGAAAUCGAUGAAUUUGUGAAGGAAAUUGAUCAACUUAAAUCAGAAUUAGUAGUAGAAGAAAAGGAAUUUGUCAAAAAAGAAAAAAGGUUAAUGCAAGAAUUAAGCAAGUAUGAGGAUUUGAUUACGAAGGAAGCACAGACGAACAAAGAGAGAGAAGAGGAACUAGUGGACAGCCUCCCACAGCUUCAGAUAGCAGAAGAGGCAUACAAAGAAAAGAACAGGAGUCUCAAGUCCCUCCACAGUGAUAUUUCAGCAAAGAAGCAAGAGGAGAAUCUAUUGAGCAACUACAUUUUCCGCUUUAGAAAGGAUAUCAUCAGAUAUUUGGACAACACGGAAAGUGUGAAGAAAGAAUUAAAACAUUUACGAGAAGUUGAAAGUAAAAAAACCAAAGAGCAUUUUGAAUUUAUAAAGAACUUGGAAAACGAAAUCUAUGUAAAUGACCAAAAGGCAACCCUUCUCAUCCUGGAAAACAAAAAAUUAAAAGAACAUCUUGACUACCUGAAGAAACAAACCCAAAUGUACAGAGAAAAGCAACAGAUAACCGUGCAGGACUCAGGUGACCUGUCCUGGCAACUGAUAGUUCAGCACAAACACUAUGGAGAUUUCCUAGCACAAUUUCAGAUCACAAUUAAGGAACUGGUGAACAUUGGAGAAGAUACCUUGCAAGAAAUCAAGACUCUAAUAGAGAAGCUGUAUUACCGGGAUGGAAGAAUCGAGGCCAUUAGUGCCUGGCUGCUGGGCGGCAUCGAGAGGCUGCAUCUCCUUAUGUUGGAGGAAUCUCCAUCUGAAAUUCUUCAUAGAAAGUACCUUGAACAACUCGGUAAUGUAGAACUUCCUGCUGCCUUGUAG